AUGAAGUUCUACGCCGCUCAAGCUUUCGCUCUUGCUAGCAUUGCAACUGCUUUCCCGCAUCCCCAGCUUCCUUCCCUACCAUCCUUCUCGCUACCGACUGGUGGAUCAGGCUCUGGUCUUGGUGGCCUUGGUGGACUUGGUGGAGGCUCGGGACUGGGUGGCCUUGGUGGAGGAUCAGGAAUUAGCCUCCCAACCAACAUCCCCUCUCUCGGAGGUGGAGGCUCAGGACUUGGUGGACUUGGUGGAGGCUCGGGACUUGGCGGCCUUGGAGGCCUUGGAGGAGGAUCAGGAUUCAGCUUGCCAACCGGCAUCCCCUCCCUCGGAGGUGGAGGUUUCUCACUUCCGACCAGCCUUCCCAGCCUAGAUGGAGGCAGCACCGGUACAGGUGGCUCGGGAUUGAGCAGCUGGCUCAGCGGCCUAGGUGGAGGUUCCAGUGGAGGUCUUGGGGGCCUUUCAGGUCUUGGAGGUCUUGGAGGCCUCGGAGGCGGUGCUGGCGGUGCUACGACAACAGCUGACGCCGCUGUUCCCGCACCUUCGAAGACUGGUGCCGCUGGAGCACCCGCCGCAACGGGCGGAGGCAACACUGGCGGCGCCGGCACGAUUGGCACAGAUUGCAAGCCCCAAUCUGGAUCGUCCAACGCCUUCGGAGGAAGCGAAAACGGUAUCGUGGACAAGAACUGCUGCACCGAUAUGACCAUCGUCUUCGCACGUGGUACCGGAGAGAUGGGCAACGUCGGAUCCGUGUCCGGACCACCCAUGUUCAAGGCUAUCCGCCAGAAGCUGGGUAACGACCGUGUUACCGUUCAGGGUGUUGACUACGCUGCCUCUGCUGCUGGUAACGCCAACCUCGGUGGCGACGGUGGUCAGAAGAUGGCCGAUCUGGUCAAGCAGGCCAAGUCUCAAUGCCCCGACACCAAGGUCAUUGUGUCGGGCUACUCUCAAGGUGCCAUGGUCGUUCACAAUGCUUUCAGCAAGGGCAUGUCUGCUACUGAUGUUAGCGGCGCUGUCAUGUUCGGAGACCCAUUGAAGCGCCAGGCUAUCAGCGGUCUUUCAGCCGACAAGAUCAAGCAGUUCUGCGGUACUGCUGAUCAGAUCUGCGGUGGUGGCGGUGAUGGCGGUGCUACUGGAAGCCAUCUCAGCUACGGCAGCAGUGCAGAUGCAGCGGCUUCCUUCGCGAUCCAGGCCGCUGGGCUUGCUUAG